UAUUGUUUUGGUUGCUUUGCUUGCUUGUUGUACCUAUACCUAUUGAUUGUAUUUUGAUAUUCAUUAGGCUAUUUUUAUGUUAACACCAAGGAAAAUAUAUGGCAAAUUGUGUUUUUUUGCCAUAAUCUAAUAUAUGAGAAGAAAUCAAUCAAUAUACUAACUACGAGAUUUUGUUAAUUUUAGUAGCUUACAUUCUAAAAACAUGGAUCAUCCCUUGUCGUUGAAAUUAUCGUCUUUAAGUUUAAUAUCUCAAUGUAAACUGCAGAAUAUUCUUGCAUUAUGUGGCGAUAAAAAGGAUCUCAUAAUUGAUCCAAUUUUGAUUAAACCUUUAGAAAGAAUUUGCGGCGUAAGUUGGCUGAGACAACUUGGUAUUGAUAAAAUAUACAAAAUGGAUCCACAACUCGGAACUACAGCCAAUAUAAAUAGAGUUUACUUCAUUCCUUCUUGUGUUCACAAAUAUAAAUGUGUGCUGGACCAAAUUGCAUCAUUGAUAAGCCAGAAUGCAUCAUUAGAAGAACUGGAGUGUUUUCACAUAAUAAUUGUUCCCAAAGCCAUUGAUUCCUAUGUUUCUAUACUUGAAAGUAGGGGUCUUUUUGGUACUGUUACAUUGCAUUCAUUUUCAUGGGAAUUAAUGGUUCUAGAUGAACAAUUGAUUAGCUUAGAAUUACCAUUCCUCUACAAACAGUUAUUUGUUGAUCAGGACCAAUCAUUAUUGUCUAGCAUUUCCAUGUCACUUUGGAGUUUAUUCCAUGUGAUUGGACGACCUAAAAUCAUGUUAUCUGUUGGAAAGUUGUCUGCUAGUGCUCUAGAUAUUUUGGAACUUUAUAAGGAAACAUACUCCAGAGAGUUCAUGAAUACUAAUAGCUCAGAAGAAAUAGGAGCAGUGAUAUUACUGGACAGAAAUCAAGAUUAUCCAACAACCUUACUAACCCCAGCAACAUAUAGUGGACUUUUGAGUGAACUUUUCAAGAUUAAUUGUGGAUAUUUAGACCUGAAUGUCAAAGAAACAAAGCUAAAAAUGGGAAAAUUAGACUUUGGCUUUAAGAAUGAAGAAGCACCCUCUAAGAACACAGUCAUGCCUUUGGAUAGUUCUAUAGAUACUCUUUAUGGAGAGAUUAAACAUAGGCAUUUUUCUGAAGUGCUGAGUGUGUUGAGUUCAAAAGCAAAGCUGUUAAAGAACGAGGAUAUAAAGGCUCUGGGUAUACAGGAAAUAAAACAUUUUGUUACUACAAAACUACAACAAGUGGCAUUAUUCAAACAAAGUUUGGUAAACCAUGUGUUAGCAUGUGAAACUAUAAUAUCAGAAAUGAGUAACAAGUUUGAGAACUUAAAGGAGACUGAAACUGAUAUGUUGAACAACAGAAAUAAGAAAUCUAACUUCACGUUUGUGGAUGAAAACUUUGGCACUGAUAUCCAUAUAUACAAUAGUUUGCGUCUCAUGUGUUUAUUAAGUUUGACACAAGGUUUAACUUAUGAUGAGUAUAACUCUCUUGUUAGUAAAUAUUUGAUAGCUUUUGGUUAUAAGUAUUUGUAUAUUUUCAACAAUUUAAUGAAUGCAGGUUUGUUGAUUCAACCUUCAAGUCCAAAGCUGUCUUUGAACUUGAAAUCUAAUUUAAGUAAUCUCAGGGACACAUUGCAAUGGCAGAGUGCUUUCCAGUCAACUGCAAAACAGUUGAAGCAGUUGCCAUCUCAGCCUGAUAAAGUUGGGAAAUCAUCUCCUAGCUAUGUGUUCAAUGGUGGAUAUGUUCCAUUGGCCGCAACACUGUGUAACACAGUAUUGACAUCUGAAUCUCUUUAUGAAGUUAUCACUAAAUUGUCAGCACUAUCUGAAUUGAAAGUUGGAGGGAAAAUUGUGGACCAACUCAAAGUUGGAGUGGAGACUUUGAAUGAAAAGUUAGCCAAUUUGAAGCUUCAGACUGACUUUGAAUUUGGUUGUAAGGAUUCUAAAAGCUUGAUGAAGCUAUUGAAAAAUGACCCCAAUUUAGGCAAUGUAUUUCCAUUGAAGCCCAAGAGUGUUUUGGUGUAUGUGAUUGGUGGAAUAACAUAUGCUGAAAUAGCCGCGUGUGACGUCAUCCAGACCACCACAGGGAGUAAAGUAUAUUUGGCUAGUGACUGUGUGCUCAGCGGCAGGGACUUGAUGGUAGCUUGUACAUAACAUAAUUUAAAAAAUUAAAUUAGGAAAUAUGUAUAUGUAGCUGCUUUAACACAUGUAUAGAAAAUAUAAGAACAAAUAUUACAGUUAUGAAUAUGGGAAAAGACAAAUUGGAGAAAAAGCUAAAGAUUUAAAAUCUCCUUUUUUAUAAUGAAUAUAAGUUAAACUAGUCCUAUAAUUUUAUAUUAUAAAAUUUUCAUCAAGGUAUUCAUGAAAGUCAAACAAUUGUAUUAUUAAAAUAGUUUUAUUUAUAUCUGAUACUUACAACAUUAUUAUAUCACAGUACAAAAAUUA